GUAUUGGACGCCAUAUAAUACCUGUUACGGGGCCGGUAAACACCGAAAAUGGGGCGAUUUUAGAGCGUUCAAACGAGUAUAUAACAAAGUAAAAAUGCUUGAAAUUUGGUAUCAGUAGUUGAAGGAACUCUUUAUCUCUUAUUUUGUCCAAGUUUUAUUAAGAUACCUUCAAUGGUAAGCGCGAAAUCGCCGAUCGGGUCGCGCGAGUUUUCCCGGCGGCGCCAUGUGCGCGCCCUCCCCGUGCCGAAAAUUUCAAGAAGGCGCUGAUCGCCGGAGCCCGCCCGCGCGUACCGUGUGCAAAAUCCAGAAAAAACUAGCCACUAAUUUGUAGCCAAGAAUACGAGCUUUCGAAAAAUGCCUUCUUUUUUUCUGUACGACGUCAGGAUCGAAAGUUGUCCGCAUGUGAAACUUUCAAAGUGCGAUAUCUCCACAACUUGCCCCCGGGGCAAUUUUAAAAGGAAACCAUCAUAUGAAAAUUCAGAACAUUAGCUUUAAUUUGAUGCAAGAUUCGCAUAUGUGCGAUCCUGCUGUACGCGCGGAAUAUGGGGUUACUUUCCGGACGAUUUUGGCUUCAACCGGGUAAACAACAAUGGCGGCCGUGGGCAGCUACGUGCCGGAGCGCUGCCAUUCCGCCGCAAAUUUGACGCCAUCCGACGUCGUAGAGUUCAUCACGACCGGCCAAAAACCAGCAAACUGUGAAACAGUUCUAUGCUCCACACUACUUCUGCUGGAGUGUGGGCUACGUGACCAGGGCAUGAGUGUCAACGAACAUCUUCCUGGGCUUGUCCAUGCCAUCGACAGUGCUGUGGAGCUGCCGACGUACUGCUCGAAUGUGUUGAAGAAAAUUUGGAAGAAAGCUGAAGAGUGUGGACAGGAAGACCUGGACAACCUUCUUGCAUCACCUGUAAGCUCAGUCUACAAACCUAAGAAAAAGGAAGACCCCAACAAGGUUGGAGAAGACUGUGCAAAGGCUGGAAUAACAACGUCAUGUGUUGGACAAAGGCUGGGACAACCCUCCUGAAAUAGUUUCUAAAGAAACACUAAGCCAGCUAUGUGAAGAGAUAGAUAAACAGUACGUGCAAUAUUACAACAGGUACUUCGCCCAACCACAGCGUGCCGUCAAGUCCAAGAGGAACCUGAAAAAGAAGAAAAGGACAUGAGUAAGAUUAGGACCAAUAGAUCUCUAUAGACUUUAAUAUUGUUAAGUUUUAAGAUAAGUUUUAUAUAGUAGAAGAUGGAUAAAUGUAUACAAAACAUCUAUGUUCCGUAAGAAAAUCUGUCUAUGCAUAUAUAAUAAAGGGAACGUCAUAAAACUGUGUGUAAAUUCAUAAUAGUACUAUAAGAUGAUGAGAUAUGCCAAUUUUGAUAGCAAAUUUGGAUUCAGCACGUGCCAAAACCCCCUAGAUGUGAAAUAUGUUGACAUACAAUGAAAGACAUGGGAGAAAAUGCAUUCGCGCAUAAUUAAUUAGGCCGGUCGGCAAUAAAGUCAUAAAAGCACGAUAUGGAGAUAAGAUAUGCCACUUUUGAUUGUAAAUUCGGAUUCAGUGUGUGUCCAAUCCCCUAAGAUGUGAAUUUGGAUCAGAUAUGUUUAAGUAUAGUGGAAUUAUUGUGGUUUUGCAUAUGUAAUUAGGGGGACUUAGAAAUUUUUGGCAUUUUGCCAAAAUCAAUGGUUUCCAUGCGUGCUCCUGAGGGGCAUAUUGUUCAAUAUUUCAGGAUUAUGUAUUUCUGUAAAUAAUGAUGCAAUGAUUCUGGUUUUUACACAUCAUUUAAUAUGAUAUCAAUAGAGCAUUGUACAAGUAAAUUGAAGUCUGUGUGAUGUUUCGUUUUUAUGAUAUUAGCAUAUGAAAAAUGAUAAAAAUGGCGUAUUUUACCGACUUCGUAACAACAACGACCCCAAAAUGGGGACAUAAAUUACAAAUAUCUCCGCCAUACAACAUCCGAUUUACUUCAAACAAAAACCAUUUUGUUCAGUUUAAUGAGCUCUUUCUAAAAAGCUACACUGUUAAUGGCUAACAACAAAACAAAAUUUUUGUCCAAUACCCCUA